UCUACCCGCCCACCUUCUCUUGGAAUGAUAAAUAGCGGCCUACUCCACUACAGAUUCACCUCAACAUCUCAUCGCAACAUCUACAUCUGCCUUCACAGAAUCAUGGAUUUCUUAGCCACCAACCAUGAGCUUCGUAAUGGGGACUUCCUCUUGAGCAAAGAUGGGAACUUCAAAGCAAUCUUUCAGGACGACGGCAAUUUUGUCAUCUACAAUUGGUCUCCAUGCUGGCAUACCAACACGGCUAACGAUGGGGGAAUCAGAGUUCUGCUGCAAGAGGACAACAACCUGGUUAUGUACACCAAGGAGAGGAAAGCCGUGUGGUCGUCUGUGAGUCAUAAUGACACGCCCUCCAGCAAGAUGCGUCUGACCUUGUCCAACGAAGGUCACCUGGUCCUUGACAAGGAUGCUCAGGCCAUCUGGAGCUCUGAGAAAUCUGAAGGUUGUAAACAGUAAAGAGAUGUUGUUCAAGAAAGAUCUCUAUGUUUGAGAACUGAUCUCUGUCAUUGAGCACCCAGCUCAGUUCAUCUCAUUCAGUUUCUGGAUGACAAUAAAAAUUCAAAAAUUUAGUUUUGUUCGUCGUCUUAAUCGUCAGCAGUUUUUUCUUUUCAUGAUUACGAUUUGUGUCUGUUAUUUUGAUGAAUGAAUAUGAUUUGAGCCAAACCUACAGAAAGAAAUUAAAGUUCUGACACAGCUAUUUACUGGUUAAUGGUUAAUACCAAACUGAAAUAGAUGUAUGAAUAUUAGAAUAGUAUAGGUAUAUCAUAAUAAAUUGUUACCCUAUAUAAAAC